UACAACAAGGUAGUAUUGAGCAAAAGUUCACGCAGUUAGUGGUGAGAUUUGUUAGGUAUUUAAGCUCAGUGUAGUGCGCCGCAUGCGCCCACGCUGGUAUAUCUGCAUUGUACCGUCUCCCAUCGUCGUAUAAGUCAAGCACUUGUGGACGCGACGGCUUCGAGUUGCCAUAUCAAGGACUUUGUCAUGCAUCUUGGAAGCUUUGUCGCGCUCGGCCUCUGUGCACUUGCCAGUGCCGUCGCAAUCUCGCCCGACACGACGGAACAUGCACAGCGGAGCGCCUCUGGUUUCGUCUACGACAAGGCAUACCGGAUCCGCAUCGCCAAGAACGCUGACUACGAUGGUGUUUACGACAAUGAAUACUCACGUAUCCUGCCGGGUCUACCGGACUCAUUGUCACAAAAGUCGACUUGGUGGUUUGGGUACAAGUCGGCUGGAGUUCCUUACAAGAACAUAGCGGUCGCCACGCGGGAGAUGAGGCCCAUCUUUUACGAGCAGAAUAUACAUUUUCCAGGCGGCAGCGCCACCUGGCAGGCCUACACGGACCACGAGCGAUGGUUCCGGCUGUCGUUCAAGGCGCAGUACCUUGACGAGUUCGACCCGGUUUAUACCAAGGAGCACAAUGUGUUCGUGAACCAUGACGGAGAUCUGGCGCUCGGCGCUCCGGCCCCCACGCAGCCCGUACCGUCGGUCUGGGGUCCCGCACCCGGGACUUGGCUCGUGUGUCAGCGCAAGUUUCGACUGCAGGAUGUAUUAGCAGUCCGUUUUGCUUAUACCGUGCUGAACGAGACAUUGACAGAGAAUAUUCCACAUGGGUGCGUGCCGGUCAAACUCGAGUCCAGGUGUGCGCCGCUGGAGCCGCUGGUUCAUAAUAAGACUUGGAAUCACGAUGAUCUCAACGAGAAUCCUUGUGUCAGGGACGAAUACAGCUUGCGGAAAAGGCUUUGGUAGUCUGAUAGAGUCUAUUUCGAUGCUGUCGCUAGAAUCAUCUCCAGUACAUUCAUUUGAACCUAGCCUCUUGGCAUUUGUACAUAUGUUGAAUAAGAAAUAUAUAUAUUCUUU